GUUUCUGCUGCCGGUGUUGGACCCACUGGGGAGGAUGAGCAGCUCCUCUCGCUUCUCCAGGUUGCUGUCGGAGGAGAGGCCCGUCGCUGCCCUGUCGAGCUGCCAGCUGAGCACGGGCACCCGGAGCUGCGUGGUGGAGGAGGACGACGACUUCUUGGAGCACCUGGUCCUGCUGAGAACGAUCUGCCUGGGGGCUGACGCCAGGGACGAGCUGCACGUGGUGGCCGUUGAUUCAAAAAACACCUACGGAGUCCCCAGGCCGGUGCCCAUCGCGGCGCUGCGGGCCUCGGUGCUCCCCAUGAUCAGCCUCAAAGGUCUGGAGCUGGUCCCUCCCGUCACCUUCAUGCUCAAGUGUGGAGCCGGGCCGGUUUAUCUCAGCUGGCAGCACGUCACCUUGGAUGACGAUACCAAGUCUGAAGCCCAUGAGGAAGAGCUCUCGGAGGAAGACACGGGCGAUGAGGAUAAUGGUAGAGCGUCAUAGAAUAGCUGCAGCUCGGGGAAGACUUCGUGGCUCUGGGAGGGGAGCUGGCAUGACGGCGAUGGUGGGAGCACCCUGUGCCAGGAGCUGCAAGUGCCUCGUGCCAAAUGGGACCGAUCCUUGCAGGGGGACACAAGCU